UUUCAAAAAAGCUUGAACUAGGGCUGAAACUGAAACAGGCUAAGACUCGUAAAAGGAGUGCAGGCUUUUGCUCUCUCUCCUUCAUUCUCACAGUUUCCUGUUUAAGGAGGCCAUUUUGUAACUCAGCCUGGAGAAGAGCACAACAAAGUUUAGCAUUGUUUGUGUUUUUCCUCUCCCACGGUAGGGAGUUUCAUAAUCAACCCUGGACUUUCUCCUCUGCAGAGCAACUUCUUGAGACAGACUGGUGAAGGAGGGAAGAAGGUGGAGGAGGGAAAGCAGCAGGAGGGUACUUCUUUCCCCCCUCAGUGUAUCUUUGUUUUGUGAGUCUCACUCAUAUUGCUUAUGCUUGUCAUCCCUGAGCAGUAAAAGACGUCCGGCGACAGGAGAGCACGACAGAAGAACAGAAAAGAGGAAAAAAACUCCACUUCCUGGAUAAGGAUUUGUUGGUUGUGGAGUAAGGGGUGGACACAGGACACAGGAGGACUGGGACCCUGCUCAGUGUGUGUCUGUGUACCUCAGGCUGUUCACACUCAGACAGUCUGAAUGAGUUUGGGUUUUCUCAGAGCUCUGGGCUGCACCUGGGCGUGUGUUUGUGUGUAUGCUGAGAACUUCAGGCACCCAGCACAUAGGACUCUGAAUGGCGAAUGCUAGCCCUUGUAUGACCUCAGGGGCUGUGGCCCAGGUCUUCUUCCCACCUGGGGGCUCUUCUCCCCCAACCUCAGCAGUAAUGCAGCCAGGAUCUUCCAUGUCUAUGCCUCCAAUGCCCACUCAAGGUGGCUUUCCUGUCAUGGACAUGGUACCUGGGCAGAGUCCUGGUGGGGCUUUGAUGCCCUCAGGACCACCCACUCCAGCGGGGGUGUCCUUCAUCAUCCAGAUUGGCCUGACCAGAGAAUCUGUCUUGAUGCCUCAGACCGCUGACCUCGCCUAUGUGAAACAAAUUGCUUGCUCCAUUGUUGACACCAAGUUCCCAGAGUGCGGCUUUUAUGGCAUUUAUGACAAAAUUUUACUGUUCAAGCAUGACACAACCACCAACAACAUCCUGCAGCUGGUUAAAGCUGCCAGUGACAUUCAAGAGGGAGAUCUGGUGGAGGUUGUGCUCUCUGCGGCAGCCACGUAUGAAGAUUUUCAAAUCCGACCCCAUGCACUAAAUGUACACUCUUAUCGGGCCCCGGCUUUCUGCGAUCACUGUGGAGAGAUGCUGUUUGGGCUGGUCCGACAGGGGCUCAAGUGUGACGGAUGUGGACUGAAUUACCAUAAACGUUGCGCAUUCAGCAUCCCAAACAACUGCAGUGGAGCUCGCAAACGCCGUCUCUCCACCACUUCCCUGUCCAGCAGUCAGUCCCUACGUCUGUCCACCACCGAGUCAGUGUACAGUGUAGGGACGGCCUCCACCUGCGCAGAGGACACCAGCCUCAUCCGCUCACAUACACAAAUGCCACGGACUGCUAGUGAUGCCCGACGUUUUUACACGGGUCGACCUGUUCAUCUGGAUAAGAUUUUGAUGAGUAAGGUGAAGGUGCCCCACACAUUUGCCGUCCAUUCAUACACAAGGCCGACAGUGUGCCAGUACUGUAAGAGGCUCCUUCGAGGACUGUUCAGACAGGGCCUACAGUGCAAAGAUUGCAAGUUCAACUGCCAUAAACGCUGUGCAUACAAGGUUCCUAAUGACUGCCUCGGGGAAACCAUUGGAGACAACAGAAGUAACAGUGACAUGCUGAGUCCCAGUGCGGACCCCGAGGUGCCCAUGGACUACAGCAGUGAGUAUGACACAUCAGAUAAGUCCUCGAUGGAUGACUCAGAUGAAGCCUGCAGUAUUCCUGGGUCCUUCUCUCCGGAAAACAACCAGGAUGGAACCAACGGAGACCAGAGUGUUUACAUCCCAUUAAUGAGGGUGGUACAAUCUGUGAGACACACAACUCGACGUUCAAGUACAGCUAUCAAGGAGGGGUGGAUGGUUCACUACAGUAACAAGGACACACUGAGGAAGAGGCACUAUUGGCGUCUAGACUGUAAGUGCAUCAUCCUUUUCCAGAACAACACCUCCAAUAAAUACUACAAGGAGAUCCCUCUGUCUGAGAUUCUGGAGUUGCGACCUGCUGGCAACUUCACUCUUGUCCCUCCUGGCACUAAUCCUCACUGCUUCGAGCUCAUCACAGGGACUAUGUGCUACUUUGUAGGGGAGGACCCCAACACCCUCCCCUCUGUUUCAACCAGUAGUGCCCAGACUCUUCCUCAAACCCCCCCUUCACCCAGCCAGGUGGCACCCAACAGCGGCAUUGGCCGUGAAGUGGCCAAGGCUUGGGAAAGUGCUAUUCGCCAGGCCCUGAUGCCUGUCAUUUUUCAGGAUGCGCCUCCAGCUGAGGGGAAUACAACACACAGACAAGCUUCUAUUAGCAUUUCUGUGUCAAACAGUCAAAUCCAGGAGAAUGUGGAUAUUGGUACAGUGUACCAGAUUUUUGCAGAUGAAGUCCUAGGAUCUGGUCAGUUUGGAGUUGUGUAUGGAGGAAAGCACAGGAAGACAGGGAGAGAUGUAGCUGUCAAAGUGAUAGACAAGCUUCGUUUCCCAACCAAGCAGGAGAGCCAGCUGAGAAAUGAGGUGGCCAUACUGCAGAGUUUACGCCACCUGGGUAUUGUGAACCUGGAGUGUAUGUUUGAAACGCCAGAAAAAGUGUUUGUGGUAAUGGAGAAGCUACAUGGUGACAUGCUAGAGAUGAUCCUCUCCAGUGAGAAAGGCAGGCUACCUGAGAGACUCACCAAAUUCCUCAUUACUCAGAUUCUUGCAGCUCUGAGACAUCUGCACUUUAAGAACAUUGUUCACUGUGAUCUGAAACCUGAGAACGUGCUGCUUGCCUCUGCUGAUCCCUUCCCCCAGGUGAAGUUGUGUGACUUUGGCUUUGCCCGCAUCAUUGGCGAGAAGUCUUUUCGUCGCUCUGUAGUUGGCACACCUGCCUACCUGGCCCCUGAGGUUCUGUUAAACCAGGGCUACAACCGCUCGCUGGACAUGUGGUCUGUGGGCGUCAUCAUGUACGUCAGCCUCAGCGGGACUUUCCCAUUUAAUGAGGAUGAAGAUAUCAAUGACCAGAUCCACAAUGCAGCCUUCAUGUAUCCUCCCAACCCCUGGAAACAGAUCUCCAGUGAUGCAAUUGACUUGAUCAACAACUUGCUGCAAGUGAAGAUGAGGAAGCGUUACAGUGUGGACAAGAGUCUCAGCCACGCAUACUUACAGGAUUAUCAGACAUGGCUGGAUCUGCGGGAACUGGAGACUAAACUUGGCGAGCGUUACAUCACCCAUGAGAGUGACGACAGCCGUUGGCAAACAUUUGCCCGUGAACAUACUCUGCCUUACCCUGCUCACUUGGUGCCUCCUCCUCCUGCACCAGCAUCUGAUGAUGAAGAUGGUGGGGAGGACGCAGAUGUGCAAGGCCUGACGGAGAGGGUCAGCAUCCUCUGACCAGACAGAGAGACUCCAGUUUAGGAAGGAGAAAAGAAACAGGGAGAGGGUGGAUGGGAUGGUGAACCAAGAGCCUGGAAGAAACAUAAAGUUAGAAUCAUUUGGUUCUAAAACGAAUGGUGUCAAACAGUUUUGACUUGACAGUGAACAGCUGCUGUGUGCAAGAAUCAAUUUUACAGCAAUAAAUUACUUUUCUCUCGAGCUUGAAGUCAAGAAGAGAAUUUCUUUCUACUUUUAACUUCAUAGCAUUUGCCUCUUCAAGGUGAAAACUGCUUUAAUAUAUUUCUCAUUCAGUGUGUGGCUAACCUGAAAAAACCCUAAUCUGAAAAAAAAAGUCUUUAAAUCAUAAUUUGUGAAAACAGCAUGUUCUUUUCUACUCCCUGCAAAAUGCUUGAAAGUUCAGCACAAACUGUGUCCUAACAAGGGAUCAAGCUGCCUCAAGCUAACUCCCACCACUUAAAGAGUACCAAACCUUCAUUUUCACUAUAUUUCUAACUGGAAAAACACUCCAUCCCAUGUGUUCAGUAAAAAAAGAGUGUUUUUAAGUGACAAAAGGCUUCCUCUGUGUUGGUAAUUACUAAUGUGCAGGCACGUAGUCGAGUCCAUCUGUAUUCACAAAUGCACUCUCAUAAAUCCCUGUGAAGUAUUGAUCUAGAGGCUGCAAGAUCUCCAGUAAUUACCACUACUGUUGAGACACAAAAGAGUCUUAGACAAUAUAUGUGAUUAAAAAUGUCAUUGUGGGUUUAAAUGAACCCUAUCAUGGGCUGUGUAUUGUCUGCCAUGACCAUUAAAUUCAUUACAGGCAUGUGAAAUGUUUUUUCCUAUAUCCGAAAAAUUAUACUGUAUUACCCAUAACGACUGUCACUGAAUUCAGAAAAUUGCUUCUUUUGUGUUCACUUUCACUCAUUUCUUAAGUCAAGCUGUCAAAUGAUGACUCACUCAGUUAUAUAAGAUUUAUAUACUGUUAAUGAAGGCAGCAUAAGUAUACCCUAGCAGGUAAAUGGACACCUAUUUGUUGCUAUUUUAGCACAAGCAGACCUCUCCCUACAGUAGAGGUGCAUGGAUGGUCAGUGUGCAUUAUCUGGGGUGGGGUCUGGGGAAGGGGGUAGAUUUUUGGGAAGUGUAUGUAGUAGGUUUGAUUACGGACUACCUGAUAUGUCAAAAUUUUGCAUGUUUCUGUGAAGUAGAUUUAUAUAAAAUACAAUAGAAAGCAUCCUGUAGUUACAGUGAUCUAUUAUAGAUGUGUAACCUGAAGUUUAUGUAAUGUCAAACGUGUAGGCUGUACAACAUGUCUUAAGAAUGAUUCUAGCCUUUGUAACAGAAUACAAACUUUGAACAAUA